AUGCUUCAAGAAACUAGCAAUAAUGCUCAAGAUUUACCAAAACUCGAUAUAGACGAAGUUGCUGUGAUAGAAAAUAAUCCGAUUCUUUUUGAGUCAUUUGUUGAAGCAAUCAAGCAUGAUUAUGAAAAUGGUGGGCCACAACUUCAAACUGCACUUGAAAAGUUUGCUGAACGAUACAACACAGCAAAGGCUAAAUUCAUUCUAGCCUUAACAACAUUUUUAUAUAACGUUAAUCACAAUACUGAUCCACUUGUUCGUAUGAGAAGUGGAACCAAAAUUCGUGUGCAAGUUGAAUCAGUAAAGCGCAGAAAACUUGUUGAUAAUAAAGAGAACAGCGAUCCUCAUAUAAUUCUAGCACGUAAG